UCGAUUGUUACAAAAAAAAAAAAAAUAUGGAAAAAAUACUAUUAAACUGCAGCUUACCAAUUAAAAUAAUUUUAGAAUAGAAGGAAGUGCUUCAAGUGCUAACAUUUAAUUUAUUUUCUCGUUGAUAGGCAACAGCUGGUCGUUCAGCCUCUGCUAAGACAUGUCCUCGGAAGCAUCUGAAACAGAAUGUAAACAACGGGUCUCUAACCGGGGCAAAAACUUUUCUGUUGCUGAAGAUAAACAAAUUUGCCUAUCCUGGAUGUAUGCCUCGAAAAUUUGUAACCAAUCUGUUUCAAAUAACAUAUAUAUCUGGGGUAUUUUGUACGACCAUGCCGUUACCAAAGAGCAGGACCUUGAGGCUCGGACAGCCAGCAGCUUACGGCAUCGAUUUUUAUCGAUACAGCGUGAAGUCAGGAAGUUCUCGGACAUUCAUAAUCUUAUUAAUCCAGAUGAAACGGAAUCCGUCUUAGAAAACGCGUUGCAGACCUACAAGAGUUGCUACAAAACACACUUUAAGUUUCUGCAGUGCUGGGAGAUAUUGAGGGAAUAUCCUAAAUUCCUGCAAAUGGCCGAAACUCAUUCGAAUGUCGUAAAAAUAUCCAUCGAAAAAAAGGAGGCGGAGAAUCCGGAGAUUAUGAAAGCUGCAAGUCCUUUUGCAGAAUCGGUUCGUAAAAGUUCACGAGGUUUAAAUGUUCUACCAGAUGAAAUACAAGCUCUGCUGAAGGCAUGCCGCGAUGUUGGUGUAGAAGAGGCGCGAUCCAAAGGAGAACGCAUAGAACCAUUGCUGUAUGACGUUCAACAACAGAUGGCCAAUUAUGGCAGAUUUUCGGAGAGAAAACUGUAUGUGGUUAAAAAACAAUACCUCAGAACGGAGAAAAAUUACCGGAAUGGUGAUCUAGUACCAUAUCCUCCAGAGGCGCGAAUUCUGUGGGGGAAAAAUGACACUAGCAAGGAUGAUGAAUCGAAUGAUGCGAGCUGGAACAAUCAGAUUCAGUAUAAUUUAGAUCAUUGGAAAGGUUUAUCAUUUCUGUCAGAUUUGGAAAUCCAAGAAUUGCUUAAGGAGGCAGUUAAGAAAAAUGUGGAAUCAAUUUCCCAAGCCAAGCGAAAGAUUAUUUUCUAUGAUAUCCUAUCGACCAUGCAUGCUAAGAAACUUUGUCGCAGGAAGAAUGCAGAGCAACUGCUACAGGAUUACCUCAGGCUGAAGAAACAGUUUUCGACUGGCAUAUGUAAAUAUCUACCUGUAGAGGCGACUCUACUUUGGACAUCUGAUGGGACUGAAGAAGAGCCAGUGGAAGAGGUGCAAGAAGAACCAAUUCUUCAACCAGUGGAUGAAGAGCCAAUGCUUCAAAUCAGUUUCGCAGAUUGUACGUUGAAAAGUGAAGUCGCAGACGUAUGUCGUAUAUGCCAAGCAGAGCUGUUUGAUCAAACGUAUGACCUGUUUUUGGAUGUGUACAAAAGUCAAACAUAUGCAGCUAUCAUAAAGGAGGCACUGAAUGUCGAGAUGGCCAAUGAUGGACGGAGCACAGUGAUAUGUGAUCACUGUACAACAUUCAUAGAAAAUCUUGUUAAUUUCGUGCAACAAUGUCGCGAAAGUUGUGUCACGAAUGAUUCAUAUCGAGAAGAUUUUACGUUUGAAAAACACGAAACACUGGAGUUUGAAGCAUCGUUGGAAUCGGACGGUAACCUGAAAGAUGAACAUAAGAACUUGAUUUCGGCCGAUUAUAUCAUCGAUGAUGCUGAAUACCUUAUGAACGACGAUGACAUUCUGAAUGAAGUUAACGAGGCAACAAAUGACGACACGAGUCCCCCUGAAGCCAUUCCUGUUGAAGACAUAGCUGAGGAGACACUUGAUGAGGAUACCCGUAAGAAAAGGAACUAUCGCAAGUAUUUGGAAAGCCGAACACCCAAUCGUGGACAAAAACGACAAUGUCACCUGUGUGGGAAAAAGGUUGUUGGAUUGGUCGACCAUCUUGAAAGUCACAGUGGGAAGGAGUUCAAGUGUAAUUUUUGUGACUGGGUUUGCCCAAAUCGAAGGCAGCUCCGGAUUCACAUGAAUCGACAUACGAAAAAGCACGUCUUCCCGUGUCGUUACUGUGACAAACUUUUCUACGUUUGGUCGUCUCGGAAGAACCACGAGGACACUCACACCAAAUCGGCGUACAAGUGUGAUAUUUGCGGUAUGGAAUAUAAACACAAAAGCUACUUUUUAGCGCACAAAAAGGCCAUACAUCUCGGAAUUCGCAAUUUGAAAUGUACUCAGUGCAAAUUCAGCACGUUCAUAAAAGCUCGGCUGCUCAACCAUGUCCGUAGUAUACACACCAGUGAACGUCCGUACAAAUGUUCCGUGUGCGAGCACACUUCGAACAGCAGCACAGGAUAUUAUAUUCAUUUUCAAAGACAUAAGAAGAGUGGCGAAGUAGUUGACUAUUCGAUCAAAUGUGCCUACUGUAAGGAACUGUUCGCCAAAGAUGCAGCACUGGAGGCUCAUAUCGUUAAGGACCAUCCCGACCGCGCGGUGAAAAUUUGAUUUGAUUUAAUCGAACGAACU